GCAGUAAUCAAAAAUUAAAAAGAAUUUUGUUUUUCGUACAAAAUUUGAUUUUCUUUCAAGUAAAGUCAAAAAAUUCUGACUAGAAAAUUAAUUGGCGACUUCAAAAUUUGCAACCUCUGAAAAUGGGCUACUUGGAGAUAUUAAAUAAUCUUAAGAAGCAAUGCAUGACUACGUUUUGUGGAAGCAGACCUAAUGACUUGCAGUAUGAAUGCGGACGCCAGUGUCAUUCAUGGGACAAGUACCGUUACCCUUAUCGCACAUCAGUGGAGGCGAAAAAAAAUAAUACUAACAAUAAUAUCCAGGACUGGUUUCCCAUAUAUAAACUAUUUCCAUGUGUCAUGGCCGAACAGCCUCAGCCUCAGGAGCAGAGAGCAAUGCCUACAGCAAGCUUUCCCCGCAGUUCAUGGCAUAUAUGGGAUGCCUUAAAAUGUAGCUCAGCUACCGUUUAAAUACUUGAUUACUGCGUAACUACGCCUAUGCUACAGUUUCGAGGUACAGUUAGUAGCUGGCGAGUCAUUAGAAUAUUUCCGCACUCAUUUACAAGCAAUUUUGGAGUUGAAAAUUGAUGUUUAAUGGUCACAAAAGGUUUUGAACGCAUUUUUGGAAAGAUAUGAGCUCAGAAAUUUUACGUUUUCGAGAUGAAUGUUGUUUCUGAACUGAUAUCUCUGCUUUUCUGCUUUCGAUCUUACUCCUCGGAUAUAUUUGAAAUUACUGUGAAACUUGUCUUCGAAACCACAUACAUUAGGACGACACGGAAAAUUAAAAAAAAAAACUAUGAAUUUAUUUGAAUAA